CGAGCAGCAGCGUAAUCAAGGCGACCGUCGGAGCUACGGCCUACGAUACUACGUUGUCAGCGACACCGGAGCCUACGGCGACUGCACCAGCGGCGACCGCGACCUGCCCAACGCCAUUGACCCAGUAACGAGUGACGACUUGCCGACUCACCCAAAACACGAUGAGCUACAGAAGAGCCGUGACAACAUUAUUGACACUCGUACUGAUAAAAAGUGCCAACCUCAGAGUAAAAGGAACAGAGACAAAGGCACCGUAUGAGAUCAUCAAAUUCACACAUACUCCUGGAGUGUAUUAUGACCUUCAAGGACAAUUACACCAAGUUGUCUCUACAUGGAAGGUAGUAAUCAGAAUAGACAUACAGGGAAUAGACAUUCGAGGUAACCAGAUACAAAAAUAUCUUAGAAACACACAAGAGGUAUGUAACCAACAAAAAGAACCGAGCAUUACGUGGGAACUGUGUGAAAAUUCACAAAAAAUUGUAAAAAAGGGGUUAGACCGCGUACAAAAUAUAACGGAACGAUUGCACAAUAUAUAUAAAAAUCCAAGAGAAAUAAAACGAGGAUUAGUAGAUGGAAUAGGAUCCUUAACAAAAUCACUAUUUGGAAUAAUGGAUGCGAAUGAUGAAAAAAUAAUAAACGAACAAUUAAGCUUAAUAGAAAACAAACAAGAGACGUUACAACAUGCAAUAGCAAACCAACUCAAAAUUAUUAAUACAACUAUCAAUCAUUUAGAUAAUUUAGAACAAACUUUGGAAACAAAUGAGCAAAUAUUAUGGAACACUAUUACACAGCUCUAUACAGAGGAAACAGGAAUCAUAUUACGCCAACAUAUAGAUGAACAUUUUACAAUACUUACUGCUUUACUUAAUGAUUUAAUACGUGACCAGAACGAUAUAGUAAAUUAUUUAGAUAACAUACAGCUAGGAAACUUACCUAUCAACCUAACACCCAUAAAUAGCAUCGUGUCUCAAUUACAAGAGGUAGCAAUACACUUACCAAAAGGAACAAGAUUUCCAUUCACGCCUAAAACAGAAAAUUGGUUGGAAAUAAAGAAAUUUCUCACAAUUAGUGCGUAUUACAAAAAUAAAAAUAUCUUUACUAUUUUAUACUUACCUCUUAUAACAUAUAAUACGUACGAAAUAGUACACAUACAUCCUUUCCCGGUUUACAGCCAUGAUAACAUUUUCGCUUUAACUAGCAUUGCAUACACACAAGUAGCUAUUAACCAGGAAACAAACACAUAUUUACUAUUACAAGAAAACGAAUUAACACAUUGUAUAAAAAUUAAUAAUCAAUAUAUUUGUCCGCAACAAAAUGCGAUAUAUAGAAUUAACGAAGAAACACCUUGUGAAAUCCAGAUGUAUACGACAUUACAAAAUAUGAAAAACUGCCAUUUAAAAUACAUUAUAGCUAACCAUACCUUCGUAAUAGCAUUAACGCGAAAGAAUACAUGGUUAUAUUCCACCAAUAGUGAGCAAACCAUCCAUAUUCAAUGCAAAGAAAAAACAUUUUAUGAGAAAAUAAGCAAAACAGGAAUUAUACACAUUAAGGAUCAAUGUAAAGUAAUAAUUGAAGACAAGAUUUUACAAGCACAAGGUAUAAUAAAGAGCACAUUAAUACAAACGCACAUACCUGAAUAUAAUAUAACAUUAGAACAAAAAAAUUUAAACGUGAUAAAAAACAAAAACGAAAUCCUACACGUAAAACCAAAUAAAAUAAUACACAACCCAUCAGAGUUGGUAGAAUUAAGUAACAGAAUAACACAAACAUAUAGAAAUUUAGAAAACAACUCAAACUCGUUUCUACAUUAUAAAAAUAUUAUGUACACAACAGCACCGAGCGGAGUAACUAUAGUCAUAGUGAUUAUAAUUGCGAUAAUUGUAAUAAAGAAAAUUAAAAAUGGAAAAAACUCACCAAUCGUAAUAGAACGUAGCAAUAAACGAAAUAUCAGAACACAACCUAAACCAAUAUUAAAACGUAGACAUAGCCUACAUGUACAGUUGUAAGUAAGGAAAACGAUUAUAACUAUUAUUGUAACGGAAAAAAAAAAAAUGAUAAAAAUUGUAAAGCGUUAUAAUUUAAGGCGAAAACGUCGUUCCAGACCUUCCGUUUUCUUGCUCCAUGGGGGGAGGAAUGUUAUAAUCGUUAGUAUUAUUCUUAGCGUUGCCGAAACGUUUCGUAAGAAACCGCUUCGACAGCGCUACAACAUUAUUAUGAUUGCGCAAGUGCUACGCUAAGCGUCGCCUUGAAAAUAUAUCGCAACAUAUUGGGGACAGGUCAGCAGUAAAUGUAACAACUUUACAGUUGACCAAACACCCCCGUCUACGACCUAAUUAUAGAUUAUAAAAGGACCAGAGAAGAACGCCAAACAGGGCUAUUGCUCCUCCGGUUCUGCGACAGCAACUUACGCGACCGUCAAAUUGUAUUAAGUAAUAAGAACUCGGGAAGUUCGUUUAAAAAGGUGCAUUAAAUUUAUUUGCCAAACUACAUCACUACGCCUUUGCAUCCCCGACCCACCGAUCCCGAAUCUACUCGACGUGUCUCACCACCCUGGGGCACAACAUGUUUGUAGAAUCCUACAGGUUUUCCACGAAAGUCUUCAGGCAGAUAAGUUACGGGAUUAGUAUGCUGCACUUUGACAAUUGUGAAUACUUUGGUUGUCCAGUUCGGUAACCCUUCUCGAAGACAGUCUUGAACUUACUCACGCGUACAGAGUCGCCCACUUUGAAUCUCGCUAGAGCCGCAAUCUUUACGCUACUGUACACCAUACUUAGGAGUUUUUCAGCGAUCGCAGGGGUCACAUCGAUAGAUCGCAUACUGAUGGUCCGGUGCUUGCACCCAUUGUACUCACAACGACACGAGACGCGACAGUAUGUCGAUCCAUUUGUAGGUUUUGUUGAAUGUAAACAUUUUCUACAUGUUAUUUUUUACCGUGCGAUUGAAUCGUUCCACGACAGACGUUUUCAUUACCGAAUACAUCGAAUAAUGAUUGAUGUUGUGUUUCUUUAUUAGUCUACUUGGAGCUUCAGCGUUGUAAUCUAAGAUUAAGCUAUUCAAGAUACAAUGGCGAAUGCCUCACGUAAUGUUGAAUGUUAUUAAUAAACUUGCCCUGUUGAGAACUUUGGAGAAUGGUCGAUAUCUGAGUAUGAGUUUCCGUUCAUGGGAUCUAUAUGAAUUUUCUCUGCUGCAAAGCACGAUCAAACAUUUGUGGACCAUCAAAACAGCCAUUAAUUUGGAAAAGCCACGAUAUGUUAUUUUUGCGCUGCAGACUGGUCGAAAAAAUCUCAUGUAGGAAAAUAAAUAUAACUUAAUUCAACAACUGCAAUUUGACCAACGUGAAACUUUAUCUAAAUUCAGAGUGUUAUCCAUACGAUGACAUGAAUUUGGAUUUUGUAAAAAACAAAUAUGCAAUACUUUAUGAUAUGUAUAGCCGUUUUCGCAAAUUGUAUUAUGGAUGUAACAGUGCUGAGGCAUGGUUAACAACUAUCGACUUUCUGGAGCAAGGUCCUUUCGUGAUUAUCGAUUGUUCGCGUCAAAACGAAUCUGUCAAAAGUGCCACUGUAGAUGUGCGGAUAGAAUUUGAGUGUAGAGAGAAUAUACCAGCGAAUACUAUCGCAUACUGCCUGAUCUUGCAUGAUUGUGUAGUUGAAUAUAGCCCACUAACCAACUUAGUGCUCAAAAUCAAAUAACAGUGGAAAGAAAAGAAUAUAAUCAAAGGCUAUACACAACAUUUUUAUCCCGAAUGUAUCGAAGAGCAUUUCGCUAUGGUCGUAUCAUACCAACGUUUAUGGACUUGCAAGGAUUCGUUGUGGGAAAGAGAUUUAUUGUAAAGGAAGUAGCGAUACUUAGAAAUGGAUCUGUUAUCUUCCAUUAUAUUUUUACUAGUCCCAUGCCAUGGCAUCUUCUCACAAGAUCCGACAAAUCGAGAGUAUACUGGUUGACGGCUAAUCAUCAUGGACUACGAUGGGAUGACGGGAUCGUUGAGUAUAGCAGAGCCAAGCACUUGAUUACGACAGCUGUGGUUGGCAAAUCACGCGUUGCCCUUGUAUAUGCAAAGAGGCGUGAAAAGCGUGAAUGGUUGGCAAAUCUUCUGGAUGACAAUGUGAAAAGUAACCUGAUCAUCGAGACCUUGGACGUGGAUUACAAGGACAUAAUUUCCUUGGACAAACUGGAUGCAACCAACAUUUUACGAUGUAAUAAUCACAUUAAGCAUUGUGCUUUACAGAAUGUAUUGAAAAUAUACAAUUGGUUGUGCCGGAGAGAGUUGUAAACCUUUAUAAAUAAACAUUUUUUUAAUGUAUUAAUAUUUUUUUUAUUUCCCAUCAAAGUAUUUACAUAAAUACGCAUACAUUAGAAACAUUUUUUUCUCAUAGUUUUCGGAAUGUCUCGAGUACUCUAGAAUAUUCUAGAGAGCGAAUCAUGAACGCAGGGGCCACUGAAAAAAAGAGGAUCAAUAAAAUGAUCAAUUGCGUCGGACUUACAUAUGAAUUUAAAUUGAAAAUUAACGCUGUCUUACCUCGUUUCUGGAGCGGAAUCUCGGCAAUGGGGUAAAAUCCUAAUUAAUCGCUAGGUCGCUGAUAUCGAUGACAUAGCAGGAAAGUGUUUCCAGAUAAUUGGCUGGUCAUCGAUAUCACCAGAAAUGUCAAUGACCUCCACUUCUUUAUUAGGUUGCUCGUUUUGGAUGAUUUCUAAAAUUAUAUAUAUAUACAGGAUAUAGCAAAAGUACCGGAACGGCAAGAUAACUCGGCGUAUAAAAUGUUAAAUAUAAAAGUUUUAGGAUUUUUUCCUGGCUAUCCGAUGGUGACCUGGACCUAGACCUUGACCUUCAAGGUUACUUCAAGGUCAAAUUCGAUUUUUCAAAUGGGACUCCAUACUUUUG